GCCCUGCAAGCAAUCCUUGAUUUUGGUUGAUAUUAAACCCGCUCGAUUCCAGCUGGCUUUCAGUAACUCUUUCUCCUCGGUCUUCCUUUUCCCUUCUUCUUCUUCUUCCUUUCUUCUUUCCUUCCUUCCUGUUGCUAGUGACUGUUUCGCAUCAUUCUACAUUUAUCGCCAUUUUAGCUCUUUUCGGUCUCACCUACCACAACGUCAUUUUCCUUGUGGUCUUCUUGUCUGCUUCUCACUACCAGAUUUUUGCCACACUUUAAUUCGAUCAAGCCAGCGCCUCCAUUCCCACCCCCACCAGGAUGGCUGCAUAAGACCGUUUGAGCGCCAACUCCCCAUCACAUCGAAUUUCUUGGGAGUCAGGACUACCCAAAAGUAACAAUAGUCCUCAUUGUUAUCAUCCCUACAAUCCUCAUCACCCUUCCUCUUUUUCCUCUCUUUCUCUCUCUCUUUCCUUUCUCUUACUCCCUCCCUUUCCACCCCCGCCAUGGAAUCAUCUCGCCCUCCACGAAGGGAUGAUGACCACAAUGCGGGUCGCCGAGUUCGGGAAUUAUACCGGUACUUCCAGCCCGAACGCACCGGCGUUCCUCAAGAUCGCAGUUACACAUCCGCGAGCGAUGAUGCGCUCCCCUCAGCCAGUUCGGAUCCAUCCCACCAAAUCCCCUCCUCGCCCUCAUUAUCCUCUCAAUGUCCUUCGACCCCGUCCGCCGACGCCGCUGCAGCCGGGCUAGUACCCGAAGCUCUGAUACUUGGCGAUCCCAAUGCGACACUGACGUCGUUUGCGCAGCUGGCCGCAUUGCGACUCAACGUUGAGCGCGUAUUAAUCAGCGUCUCGGACCGCCAUUCCCAAUUUAUCCUGGCACAAAGCACCCAGACUGGGGCCGUUAGCGACUAUCAAUCCUCCGGUGAUGGCGUCUGGGACGGUUGCUCAACAUUAUCGUCCAGCGCUUGGAGCAUGUGUAAGGCAACUGUUGCUCUUCCUCCCUCCCGCGAACGGGGACACCGCCAAUUCUUGGUCGUGAACGAUCUCAGUCAAGAAGAACGAUAUAAACGCCUUCCAUUUGUAACAGGAGAUCCCCAAUUUCGAUUCUACGCCGGUACGCCCUUGACGACGGAUACCAAUAUCAACAUCGGAUGUUUCUUUGCUCUUGAUAUAAAACCACACGAUGGCUUCACUGCUGCGGAGAGGGAUACCAUGGAAAUGUUGGCUGGGUUGAUCAUGGAUUAUUUGAAGGUCAGCCGUCAGGCUUCCGAAGGUCGCCGUGCAGCCCGCCUGUCUCACGGUCUCAGCUGCUUCGUUGAAGGAAGCUCCAGCUUUGUCGAUGGCAGCCAUCCCUAUUCAACUGGCAAUUCCGCGGCGACACCCAGCACACCUCCCUCGUCAAGCCAGAGAGCCAAUCACCCGUCUCUCGGAUCGCUCAAAAGCUUUGACGCCCCAUCUAGACGAUCGCAAAGCAGUGACACCCGCUCAUUCAGCUCCGCAUCUGAAUCUAAGCUCGAUCAAGGUCUAUCUUCCGGACUGGAUAGCCCCUUUCCAGAUUGGUGGGCUGGCAGCCGCCAAAAGGAGCUGAAAGGCUCCGAUGACUCUCAUGGACAUAGCUGGGCAUUCCGACGGGCGGCCAAUUUGAUGCGAGAAAGCCUGGAGCUUGGUGUGGAGGGUGGAGUCAUCUUCGUGGAAGCUAACAACAGCCCGAUGAUCGAUGCUGAUACAGGAAGCGAUUGCUCCAUAGAAGGAAACAAUCCGGCUCCCGUGCUGGCCAUCUCCACCAACGAGGAACCGUUUGCGCCCGGUCCGGGAUCCAAAGCCUCCUAUCCAGCAGCGUCCCUCGACACCGCAUUUCUUCACCAACUUCUGCGUCGGUAUAGCAAAGGAAAGCUUUGGUCCUUCCAUCGAGAUGGCAUGAUUUCGAGUUCGGACGACGAAACGCCACGCAGGAGUCGCUCACGCACCGCCAAACAGUCCGAGAUGGGCAAGGGAGGAUCGAAGAGAUGGAGGGCCACGGAGAAUACUAUGCUAAAUCAGUACUUCCCGAACGCUACUCAAGUUCUUUUCGUGCCGCUUUGGAAUUCCGCGAACUCGCAGUGGUUUGCCGGUUGUUUCUGUUGGAACACUGUGGAGACGCAAGUCUUCACCCCGUCAGUAGAGCUGAGUUCCAUCCUCGGUUUCGGCUCUUCCAUCAUGGCGGAGUGCAACCGGGUGGAAUCCCUCAUUUCAGAUCGGCAAAAGGGAGAUUUCAUCGGCAGCAUCUCACACGAGCUUAGAAGUCCCCUUCAUGGUAUAUUAGCGGCCGCGGAGUUUCUGAACGGCACACAACUCGACGAAUUCCAAAGCUCUCUUUUGGAGACGAUUAACGCUUGCGGACGUACUCUGUUGGACACAAUCAACCAGGUUUUGGACUUUAGCAAAAUUGUUUCUCUGGAACGGACGUAUCGAAAUAUGAAGCGAAGCAGAACACCGCCCACAGAUUUGAAAGGCUUAGAUCGGUUUUCAACACACCUGGACACCUAUGUGGCGACAGACCUGGCCCUAUUGACAGAAGAGGUUGUAGAAGGGGUAUGUCUGGGCCAUGCAUACGGUCAGAAAUCCUCUGCUCCUUACGAUCAACCCAUGGUCUUGCCGCUUGGACAGUCUAAAAAGCCUGCGUCUGAGCUUGAGGCGGAGACGGCAUCUCGAUCAGAUGUGGAGGUCAUUGUGGAUAUCGCGCACAAUGACUGGACCUAUCUCACCCAACCUGGAGCAUUGAGACGCAUCAUCAUGAACGUUUUCGGAAAUGCGAUGAAGUACACUCACAGUGGCCGUGUGUCUCUACAUCUGGAGGUGACAGAGGCAUCUGAAGGUCGUUCACGCCGCCAUGGAGUCGAGGAGUUGGUCACCCUGACUGUGUCUGACACCGGCAAAGGCAUUUCCGAGGAGUUCCUCCGCGGUCGCCUGUACACCCCCUUUGCUCAGGAAGACACACUAGCCGUUGGAACUGGCCUUGGUCUCUCCAUUGUGCGGAGUCUCGUCAAGGCUCUCAAGGGCAGUAUCAACAUCCAUAGUUGCCCUGGCGAAGGAACCAUUGUCAAAGUAUCCCUACCCCUGGUCCGACCAGGCCCUGAGUUGGAUUUGGAUGAAACAGUGGGCCCGCGGUCGCCGUCAGUCAAGGAGAAAGACGCACUGACGGAGAGUCGUAUGUUGCGCGAAGCUCAUGCUGGUCGCCGCGUCGCAAUCCUCGGGGUAGAACCCGCGGAAGCAGCGACUCAUUCGGUCUGGUCAGUUUAUUCGCGCUACCUGACUGAUUGGUAUGGCCUUGAAAUAGUGUCCUUCAAGGAUGAGACUCCGGCGGAUAUUACUUUCGCGGAGGAGAAAGACCUAGCUGCGGGAAUGCAGCAUGAUUUCGACAAGACUAUCCCAAGUCUUCUCGUCUUCUGCAACAAAUCUGUCGAUUAUGCGACAAGUCGUUCCGAAUGGUUGUCUCUCGCUACAAGGGUGAACAUAAUACGACGCCCAUGUGGCCCGCACAAACUCGCACGUAGCAUUCGCAAAUGCCUGGAUAUUCGAACUGGCGCUCUGCCCGCGAGGAUUAUUGAAUUACCUCAUCGGCCCCGGCAUGCUACCUUGUCAUCAAGCGACAUCUCCCCGGGGGAAGCAAUGUUUGAGAUUCCGACUGAUACUCCUGAGCUUACGCCAGAAGCUGCUGCCAGCUCAGCUUCGUCAUCUUCAUACGACUAUAUGCGCUCACAGUCAUCGGAUGUCUUUGAUUCUUUGUGUCCAAUCGAAUCACCGUCAUCCUCCAUUCAACCUCAAUCUCCCAUUCAGCAAUCAAAUUCAUCGCCGUUUGAUAGGCGUGCACGCAUUUUGGUUGUGGACGACAAUUCAAUCAACCUCAAGCUCAUGCUCACAUUCAUGAAAAAGCGUGAGCUGGAGACGCUGGACUCGGCCGAGAACGGCAAGCUAGCCGUCGAUGCAGUUGAACGUUUACCUGAAGGUUAUGAUAUCAUUUUCAUGGAUAUGUCCAUGCCAGUUAUGAAUGGUUUUGAGGCAACACGUGCCAUUCGAGCCAUUGAGAAAGAGCGUGGGGAGGGCUGCGCCCCCUCCGUGAUUAUCGCUUUGACGGGCCUCAGUAGCUCGCGUGACGAAACUGAGGCACUCACGUCAGGCGUCAAUUUGUUCCUCACGAAGCCGGUUUCCUUCAAAGAGGUUUCAAGGCUGUUGAGUGAUUGGGAAGAUAGAGGAAUGGUCGAACGGCGUUUGUCUGGAUCUGGGUCUGGUUCUGAAUGAAACAAACCGCGCAACUCAUAACGGCAUGCAUGCAUUUAAUAGACUUGGAGGUUGGUGUGGGACUCGGCUUUUUCUUUUCUUUUCUUCUAUGUUCAGUCAUUCUGUGUUUGGAUUACUCCCUACACGGAUAUGAGGCAUGAGUGAUACCCUUCUCAGGAAUACGGCGUUCCCUUCGGUCGGAGUUCAUUUGGUUUUUAUACCUGAUUGCAAGAUUCUAGGCUGUGUUGCUUGGUCUACGAAAUGGGGUCUCUGAAAAAAAAAAAGGUUCUGUUUGGAUCUUAGGGCAUGUUUUAUGAUACCUAUGUAUAUAUUGAUCGACUGGAUGCAUGAGAUUUACAAAUGAAUAGACUACGGAGGUGGAAUUGGUAU